UGACCUCGUUACUUCUAUAAAAUGUUCUCCGGCAGUCUGGAAUAUUUCAUUUUAAGGAUCGUCUGGAAGUGUCUAUAGACCAAGGGCAGCAACCAUGAAGAUAGUUACAGUUGUCUUGCUGUGCGCAUCUUUUGUCUUUGUGCGGGCAGCUGUCAUACCCAGCGGCGCUUGCCGUUUCGACCUCCUUGGAGUGAUCAUUGCCAAUGGGGUCACUUAUGUGGACCGCUACGGCUGCUAUACUUGCAAGUGUCAAAACGGCCUGCUCAACUGCACUGAUAACACUUGUAUAGCUGAACGUGCCGUGGCCCUCACGUGCAAGGGUCCAGACGGCAAGGUCUACGCCAGUGGACAGUCGUUCAAGGAUGCUGAUGACUGCAACACCUGCACGUGUUUCAACGGAAAUAUCGCCUGCACCGAGAUGGCAUGUCUUCGAGGAUGCUAUGACGAUGCUACUGGUGUGUUUCGAAACGAUGGCACCAGGUUCCUUAGCCCUGACGGAUGCAACAGCUGCGCAUGCGCAAACGCCGAAAUCGUCUGCACACAACGAGCUUGCGUUGGUGGAGUUUAAAGCAGAAAAAGGAGAAAUAAAUGAAUGCCUCUGAUCCUUC